CUUGCUCACAACCUUCGGUGCUGUUCGAGCGCUGCUCGUGUUUAUGAUCUUCACCCAAAGCACUCGCGACGAUUAUCUGAGCGACCUUGUUUUCUCAUUGACACCUUGAGACCGACGAAUACCCAACUUGCACGCAAUGUUCACUCGUCAAAUACUUCGCUUUCCUCGUCUGUAUCGAGGGCUCGCUACGCAGGCUGGCUCGCCAUACACUACACCCGCCGUAUUGCACCUGAAGACUGGCCAGUCAUUCCCCGGCAAGGCAUUCGGCGCACCGACCAGUAUUUGGGGCGAGACGGUCUUCUCGACGUCAAUCACCUCUUACACUGAGUCUAUGACCGACCCCUCCUACCGCGGCCAAAUCCUCGUCUUCACCACUCCCAUGAUCGGCAACUACGGCGUGCCCAACAACCACGCGCCCAAGGACAACGGUGACGUCGGUGUUGUACUGGAAUCGGAGCGUGUUCAGCCCGCGGCCAUUGUUGUCGCCGACGUCGCCGCCAAGUUCUCUCAUCAUAGCGCAGUCGAGUCGCUCCACUCAUGGUGCGCGCGCAAUGGCGUGCCGGGCAUAACGGGCGUCGAUACGCGCGCUGUCACACGCCUCCUCCGCGACCAAGGCACGACGCUUGGUCGACUUGCCGUCGGCGACGACACCGCGCUCCCUGCACCCGCGGCGCACGAGUAUUGGGACCCGACGACGGAGAACCUCGUCGACCAGGCGUCGACCAAGCAGCCUUACGACCUCAACCCUAUUGGCGACGUCAAGAUCGCCGUGCUCGAUUUUGGCGCCAAGGCGAACAUCCUCCGCUCGCUCGUCCGCCGCGGCGCAGCCGUCACUGUCCUGCCGUGGAACUACGACUUCAACGCGAUUCGCGAGAGGUUCGACGGCCUCUUCCUCUCUAACGGACCCGGCGACCCGCAGCACGCGAUGGAGGCUGCGCUCAACCUGCGCCGGACUAUGCGCGAGUGGGACAAACCCAUCUUCGGGAUAUGCAUGGGGCAUCAGAUCAUCGGCAUGGCCGCGGGUCUCGAGGCGUAUCGGAUGACGUUCGGCAACCGCGGGCACAACCAGCCCGUGCUCGCGCUUGCGUCGUCGGGCUCCAUCAAGGCCGGCCGCGUGUAUGUUACCAGCCAGAACCAUCAGUACGCGCUCAAGCUCGUUGAGCCCUUCCCGGAGGGUUGGGAGCCGUUCUUCAUCAACUGCAACGACUCGUCCGUCGAGGGCAUCAAGUCCACCGCCGACUCGGGGAAGAAGGUCUGGGGCGUGCAGUUCCACCCUGAGUCCGCCGGCGGUCCGCUGGACACGAUCGAGAUGUUCACCGACUUCAUCGCUGAAUGUCGCGCGGAGAAGCUCAAGGUGGCGGGCAAGACGACGUCGCGCGAUCCCAUGGGCACCGGGCAGGAGCUGAGGCAUCUGCGUCGCCCACAGGCUGCUGCUUCGCAGUAAAUCCGCAAUCCGCUAUCUCUUCUCACACUCGGUUCUUGUAUAAUUGUAUUAUCAUUACCAUGCAAUCUAUCUAGUACGUGCU